ACAGCAGUGAAGGAGAGUGAGAGGAUGUUUACUGAGAUGAUCCACUCCUUUGAGAGAAGGUGCUCUGAGGUGACAGAGCUGAUCAGAGCUCAGGAGAAGGAUGAGGUGAAUUGGACUGAAGGACUUCUGAAGCGACUGGAGCAGGAGAUUGCUGAGCUGAAGAGGACAGAUGCUGAGAUGAAGCAGCUUUCACUGACACAGGAUCCCAUCCACUUCCUCAAGAAUAUUGUGUCCAUCAAUGGGAGGCCUUACAGCACAAUUUCAACCAACGUGACCUUCAGCCAAAACUUCUCCUUGGAGCCCCUGAAGAAAUCUGUGACUGCACUGAAGAUGCAGCUGGAGGAGAAAUUAGAGUCAGUCUUCAAGCAGGAAAUUGUCAAGAUAUCUGCAGCAGCUGUGAAAAAUAUCCAGAUCAUCGAGAGCAUACAGCGUGAGUUUCCAACACAUACACAGUCGCAUAUGCUCUCAUAUACCUGUGACUUCACUGUGGAUCCAAACACAGCAUUCAGAGAACUACAUCUGUCUGAGGAGAGCAGGAGGGUGGAUUUCAGAUAUAAGGACCCCCAGUCAUACCCUGAUCAUCCAAACAGAUUUGAUGUGCAUCCUCAGGGAAAACCAGCGGAUGCCAUUUUGUGCAGCGCUUUAACCCGUAGAGGUAAAAUGAGGAGAUGCAGGACAGGUCCCACCAGUGAUACAGAUGAAGUAUCCUUCACUUGUCCAGUGUGUCUGGACCUGCUGAGGGAUCCAGUGACGAUUCCCUGUGGACAUAAUUUCUGUAUGAGGUGCAUUAAGGGCUGUUGGGACGAUCCGGAUGAUUUGAAAAAAAAAUACAGCUGUCCCCUGUGCAUGCGCACCUUCAACUCCAGGCCUGUCCUCCACAAAAACCGUCUGAUGGCCGAAAUGGUGAAGAAGUUUGAGAAGACCAGCCCCCAAGCUGUUACUACUGCUGACUGUUAUGCUGGACCUGAAGAUGUGGAAUGCGACUUCUGCACUAGGAGAAAACUCAAAGCCGUCAAGUCCUGUCUGGAGUGUCUUAAGUCAUACUGUACCAUUCAUUUAAAAGAUCACAAUGAACUUAUAGGAAGAAAUCACAACAUGAUCGUUGCCACGGGCCAGCUACAGGAGAUGGUCUGUCCCCGUCAUAAAAAGGUUUUUGAAAUAUUCUGCCGCACCGAUCAGAGUUGCAUCUGCUAUCUCUGUACGAUGGACGAUCAUAAAGGCCAUGACACGAUCACGGCUACGGCAGAGUGGAGUCAUAAAAAGGAGGGGUUGGGGCAGAGCCAGAGGAGAUGCCAUCAGAUAAUCCAGUUGAAGGAGAAGGAGCUGCAGGAGCUGAGGAAGGCUGUGGAGACUCUCAAGUCAGAUGCACAGACAGCAGUGAAGGAGAGCGAGAGGAUGUUAACUGAGAUGAUCCACUCCAUUGAGAGAAGGUGCUCUGAGGUGACAGAGCUGAUCAGAGCUCAGGAGAAGGCUGAGGUGAGUCGAGCUGAAGGACUUCUGAAGCAACUGGAGCAGGAGAUUGCUGAGCUGAAGAGGACAGAUGCUGAGAUAAGGCAGCUUUCACAGACACAGGAUCCUAUUCAUUUCCUUAAGAAAUUGGUGUCCAUUGAUGGAGAUUCAUGCAGUGAUGAGACCAGAAGGACCUUCAGCCAAAGCCACUUCUUUGAGCCCCUGAAGGAAUCUGUGUCCGCGUUGAAGAUGCAGCUGGUGGAGAAAAUAGAGUCAGUCUUCAAGCAGGAAAUAGUCAAGAUAUCUGCAGCAGGUCAAUUCCCUGAAACUGCAGGGGAGAAACAGGGUGGGCACACUCUACAAAGUGGCAGGCCACAGGGGAGAAACAGGGUGGGCACACUCUACAAAGUGACAGGCCACAGGAUACUGAUCCUGAACCUCCAGUCAGAAGAGCAGAUGAUGAUGGAGAUGGGGAUGUGGAUGAAGAUUGUGUGUGUGUCUGUGUUUGUGUGUGCGUGUGCUUGUGUGGUGUCACUUUGUCUUAUGAUCUCCACUGCUGAACCUGAACCAGUGACUAGAGAGGACUUCUUAAAGUAUUCCUAUCACUUCACUCUGGAUCUAAACACAGCAAGCACAGACCUCCAUCUGUCUGAGGGGAACAGGAGGGUGGAGUACAGACCUGGGGCCCCUCAGUCAUAUCCUGAUCAUCCAGACAGAUUUGAUUGUAGGAAUCAGGUGCUGUGUAGAGAGGGUGUGUCUGCACGCUGCUACUGGGAGGUUGAGUGGAGUGGUGUAAAUGUUGAAAUAGCAGUGUCAUAUAAAAGUAUCAGCAGGAAAGGAGUAGGUAGUGAGUGUAGUUUUGGACGUAAUGGUCAGUCCUGGAGUCUGGAUCUCCGCAGCUCCAACUCCUUUUUCUAUCACAAUUAUAAAAAGACUGAACUCCCUCUAGUGGCCAGCUCCAGAAUAGGAGUGUAUGUGGAUCACAGGGCAGGAACUCUGGCCUUCUACAGCAUCAGGGGAGACACAAUGACCCUCCUGCACAGAGUCCACACCACAUUCACUCACACACUCUACCCUGGAUUUGGGUUACAUAAUUACGGAACAUCAGUGAAGCUGUUGUAAGUCCCCACAUCCCUUACAGAUAAAUGCUGCUCCUGUGGCCGUGACGGCGUGAACACACCAGAAGAGACCAAAGCUACCGGUAUAUAGAGCAGCGUUAACUUCAUCAACCAUGACUAUGACUUAACUAUGGAAGAGACCAAAUCUACAUAGAGCAGCGUUAAUUUUGUCAACCAUGACUAUGACUAAACUAUGGAAGAGACCAAAGCUAUAUAGAGCAGCGUUAAUUUCAUCAACCAUGACUAUGACUAAACUAUGGAAGAGACCAAAGCUACAUAGAGCAGUGUUAAUUUAAUCAACCAUGACUAUGACUAAACUAUGGAAGAGACCAAAGCUACAUAGAGUCACUGGUCUUCAUGAGCAACACGAGUGAUAGAGGAUGACCAAGGAGCUCUACAUAAGGGGAGAAGGUGGUUCCAUAGAACUCCAUUCUUACUUACUGUAGCAUUGAGGAUGACUGUUCAAAGCAGAGUGCAAACAUUCUGACAUUCCUAUUGGCUCUGGCAACUGUUGCCGAACAGCAUCAUCAUAGCUCAUUUGCAUAAUAUUCAAUGAAGUUUGUGGAUAUUUGCUGAAUAUUCACUCAAAUCUUCUUUUGUAGCCCAAAUCACUUUAGUCUUCCUCUGCCAGUUACUCCAAACAAAGUCAAUUACUUCUACUGUCACCAGUGGCGCUCUAGUCGCUUCUGGUGUUUGGGCCA